AUGGGGUUAUCAUCUCUAUGCUUAAUAACUGUGUCCAUCUAUAUCCUUUCAACAAUUGUGUUGUUCCAUCUUGUGGUGGCCGACUCUUUGCAGUCAUAUAAUACUCCUACUUGCCAUGAUGACGAGAUCUAUGCCUUGCUGCAAUUCAAGCAAAGUUUUGUCAUUAGAAAGUUUGCUUCAGUCAAGGGUGCUUAUCCAAAGAUCUCUUCAUGGAAAUCAAACAGCAGUUGUUGCUCAUGGGAUGGCGUAGAGUGUGAUGAGAAGACGGGUCACGUGAUUGGGCUUGAUCUUAGUAGCAGUUGUCUCUAUGGCUUUUUCAACUCCAACAACACCUUAUUCAGUCUAGUUCAUCUUCAGCGUCUGAACCUCGCUGAUAAUCACUUCAAUCUCUCUCAAAUUCCUACUAGCAUUAGGAACUUUCCAAGGCUCAGGUAUCUCAACCUCUCUGUCUCUGUCUUUUCUGGUCAUGUCCCAUCUGAAGUUUCACAACUGUCUAAGUUGUCUUCCCUAGAUCUAUCUCUCAAUGAUGACAUGUUUUCCAAUGAGGAAUUGUUGAGAAGCCUAGCUCAAAAUUUAACUGGCCUAGAAACACUUGAUCUUUCUUCCAUUAAUAUAUCAUCCACAGUACCCGACACCUUGGCAAAUUUGUCUCAUUUGACAUCCCUCACGCUUGAUAGAUGCGGCCUCUUUGGCAAAUUACCAGGAAGAAUCUUUAAAUUACAGAAUUUGAAGGUUCUUAGUGUGAGGGACAACUCAGCUCUAACGGGGAUAUUUUCCAAUGAAGAAUUGUUAAGAAGCCUAGCUCAAAAUUCAACUGCCCUAGAAACACUUGAUCUUUCUUUCAUUAAUAUAUCAUCCACAGUACCCGACACCCUGACAUAUUUGUCUCUUUUGACAUCCCUCACCCUUGAUGGUUGCGGCCUGUCUGGCAAAUUACCAGGAAGAAUCUUUAAAUUAAAGAAUUUGAAGGUUCUUGAUGUGAGGUACAACCCUGCUCUCACGGGGUAUUUUCCUGAUGACUAUACUGGAAGUAGUCCUGAUCUCAUGUCACUCAAACUCUCGUCCACUAAUUUUUUCAUAGACCUCCCUUCCUUGAUAGAAAGGUUUCCUUCACUGAAAGAGUUGGGUGUGAGUUCAUGCAAAAUUUCAGAAGGUCCAGUACCAUUGUCACUUGGUAAUCUUAGGGAUCUCAUCUAUUUGGACCUUUCAUAUAAUAAGUUCAAUGGUCAAAUCCCUACAGCUAUGUUGGGAAACCUUACCCAACUUACAUAUCUAUCACUUUCUAAUAAUUAUUUUCAUGGUUCAGUCCCCCAAUGUUUAUUCAAUCUCACGAAUCUUCAAACCCUUCUUCUACAUCGUAAUAAUUUGAGUGGUACACUAGAGUUCCAGAAGUUUCUUAACCUACAAAAACUCACCUCUCUAGAUCUAUCUAAUAAUAAUCUAGAAUUGCUCCCAGAAUCUAGAUUUUUGAAUAAUGCAACGACUGUACUUCCAAAGUUUGAGUAUCUAGGAUUGGGUGGGUGCAACAUACGUGAGUUCCCAAAUUUCCUAAGAUCUCAAGAAGCAUUGUUUGAGUUAGAUCUCUCUGGAAACAAAUUGCAAGGCCAAGUACCAAAAUGGAUGUGGAACAUAAGCACUGAAACUCUGUCUUACAUCAACAUUUCUCAUAACUUCCUGUCAGGCUUUGAGAAAACUGCAGCUGUCCUUCCCUUGGUUAACCCACGAUACUUAGACCUGUCAUUCAACAUGUUUCGUGAAUUAUUACUGUUCCCUUCAACAUCCUUCUGGUACUAUAACAUUGCAAACAACAAAUUGACCGGACAAGUUUCACCAAUGAUUUGCAAUAUGACUUUUCUUGGAUACCUUGAUUUGUCAAACAACAAGUUGAUUGGCAACUUACCGCAGUGUGGGGGAAAUUUUAGUGCGAGUCUGGAAUAUCUGAAACUUGGAAACAAUUCAUUUCAUGGAAAUCUUCCUCAAUCAUACACCAAUGGAAGCAAUUUAAGGAUGAUAGAUAUUGGUCACAACAAUUUCCAUGGGCAACUACCAAGGUCACUGGCGAAUUGUGCAAGUCUUGAAAGUUUAGUCCUUUCACACAAUAAAUUUAAUGAUACCUUCCCCGUUUGGAUGGGGGCUCUCCCUGAGUUGAAAAUUUUGACAAUGGACCACAAUGUGUUCUAUGGAGUGAUUCUGAAACCUAAUAAGAAGAAUCUUCAUUUUCCGAUGCUGCGUAUUCUUGAUUUGUCUUACAAUAAUUUCUCAGGUCAGUUUCCAUUUGAAUACAUUUUUUCUGGAAAUGGGACAACAACUAUCACUCAUGAUUUGGAGUAUUACCAGUUUUAUUCAUUUAAAGUUGGGUAUUACUCAAUCACGAUAAUCUGUAAAGGUGUUGAGAUAUACUACCCAAGAGUUCGAGAGGACUUGAUACUCAUUGACAUCUCAAGCAACAAUUUUGAAGGCAAGAUUCCUGAAUUCAUUGGGAAACUCCAGGGGAUUUGGUCACUCAAUCUCUCCAAUAACAUUCUCACGGGUCACAUCCCAUCAUCCUUGAGUAACUUAUCAAGGCUUGAAUCGUUGGAUCUUUCACAUAACAAGCUCUCUGGUGAGAUUCCUCAGCAACUGGCACAACUUGAUUCUCUCUCAAAGUUCAAUGUCUCUCACAACAAUCUCACAGGCCCUGUACCACGAGGAAUCCACUUCACUACAUUUGACAGCACUUCAUAUCAGGGAAACCAAGGAUUGUGCGGAGAUUUCUUGCCAAAGAAAUGUGGAAAUUCUGAGGGCACUCAACUUCCACCUUCAACAUCAGAAGAUAAUGACUCGGGCUCUGGAAUUGAAUUGGAUUGGAAAUUUGUUGUGGCAGGGUCAGGGAGUGGCUUGUUGGUGGGAGUGGUUCUUGCAGACUUUGUGAUUACCAAGUGGAAUGUGUGGUUCAUUGAGAUUGUUGCAGUACUGAUCAUGUUUUGGAAAAGGAUAAGGAAGCCUAGAAAUUGA